AUGCUUUGCAACGGCGUCGUUCGAGGGGUGGAAAGUGGUGCCGCGACGCCGUUUUGGGGUCCUGGGGCCUUCGGUCACCGUGAAAGGGGUGCCCAGUUCCGUAUGGAUCCAAGAAACAGUGGCACAAAUGUUGGGGAAGAUAAGCUAAGACCUUCCAGCAUGGGAGGUGGAGAUACUGAUGUCGUACUGCGCAGCAUCACCCAGCAAGUGAUGACUGAAAUAGCCAAGAGCUCAGGGGAGCGUAGCUACACGAUUAAGAAGUUUAUGCAGAUGAAGCCUCCAUCUUUUGCUAGAGGAGACGACCCAAUUAUAGCUGAAAAUUGGGUCCGGGGCAUUGAAGAGACGUUGGCUGUGCUUUCAUGUACGGAUGAACAGAAGAUGGUAUUUGCAACGUUUAAACUGACAGGGGAAGCGAAGCGCAGGACGAGGUCAGCGCGACUGAUUGAGGAACAGAGGCUGGUUCUAGUGUUGGUAACAUGGGAUCGAUUCAAGGAUCUAUUCUUCGAGCAAUAUUUCCCCACUAUCAUUUGGAGCACAAAGGCAGCAGUGUUUAUGCUUCUAGAACAUGGGCAAAUGACAGUAUCUCAGUACGCAACUCGAUUUAUUAAGUUGUCGCAAUUUGCCCCACAUCUAGCACCAAAUGAAGAGAAAAAGGUAAGGAAGUUUGCAGAGGGUCUAAGGCAGAAUUUGUUCAAGUAG